AUUUUCAAAUGGCAUGUACGGUAAUACGCGUUUGAGAAGUUGAGAUGUUGGCCACCCUGGCUGGAAGAAACUGUUCUCCCACUCUUCAGUGACAAUUGACAUUGAGCAUGACGUUUACUGAAAAUCUAGUUUUGUAUAGAGCAGCUCAAAAGAAAAACAAAAAUAUGCCUAGUUGUAGGUAAUUUUAGUGUUGGUUGUGGUGAUUGAUAUUUAACUAUGUCUACUCGUUCUCAGCUCACCAAAGAUUUGAAUGAGAGCAUUAAAUCAUCCGUGGGCAAUAAGGUGAAAAUCCUGUUCAAAAAUGUGGUGCGGCUCGAAACCAAAGGAGACAAGACUGAAAACAGGGUGCUGGUGUUUUCACCAUGCAGAAUCCUACUGCUCACUGCAAAGGUGCCAACGAAGAUCGACUGCCAUUUCCAUUAUUUGGAAAUACAAGCGCUGGAGAGUAAGAGAGGGAAUCAUCUCAGCCUGACCAUACAUGACAAGAUAUAUUCGUUCCUCACUGGAGAGGAUUCCAGCUGUAGCACUGAAGUAGACAAUAUGAUAGGCGCUUUAAACAAUGCUAUUCGGAACAUUUUCCCCACUGUUCCUUUGCAGCAUAUUAUUAAAAAGAUUGAGGUGAUUCCCAGCACGCGAUUGCAACAGUUGCGGGAUCUUGAGGCAAUAGCGAGCAGUCGAAGGGAAAUUGGGCCUUGUGGGGGCUUUUCCUCGCAAUAUGCCUGCUAUUGCGACUUCCAUGGCAUGGCUCAUAGGGAUGAAGUAGCUUGGGAUGUGGACAAUAUAUAUUUUUCAUUGAACACUCGCGAGCUCAAUUUAAAGGAUUUUGAAUAUCUAGAUCAGAAAGAUUUAAUUCCAAUAAUCAAUGCACUCGAGUACAACACCUGGUUCACAAAGUUGCGCGCCAAUCAAAUAAAACUCUCUCACGACAAUUUGGACAAGAUCUUUCACGUGCUGAAAAAGUCGCUCAAUCUGGAAGAACUCUACCUGGAUAAUUUAGGGCUGAAGGCGGAUUUUGUGAACAAACUUGCCAACACCCUGAAAGUGAAUCCGGUCUCUGCUCUGCACACAGUGGAUUUGAGCUACAAUCCGAUAGAAGAUAAAGGGGCUUGUUACUUAGGCCAAUGCGUUAACAGACUGACUAAGGGCCUGGUGCACAUCAACGUGUCCCAUUGCGGGUUGAGUUCGAAGGGCGUGAACAAUAUGAGCGCUGCUUUUUGUGCCAACACUACGAACCUCAAUACACUUACCUAUUUGAAUCUAAGUGCAAAUAGCCUUAAGGAUGAUAUUAGCAACUUGCAUAAUUUUCUUUCACAAUCCAAUGCGCUUCAGCAUUUAGACAUCAGCUCCACGGACAUUGUCUUAGAAAAUCUAUUUGACGCCCUAGUCAAAGGAUGCACUACAAAUUUGGUGCACUUGAAUGUGUCGCGGAACCCUUUCAGCAGCAAGAAGAGCAAGGAAGCACCCAUCUCUUUCAAGCAGUUCUUCAGCAGCACCCUCAACCUAAAGUUUUUGAAUAUUUCGCAUUGCAAACUGCCGCAGGAGGCUCUAAAAAAUCUCUUAUUGGGCCUGGCGUGCAACGAGUUUACCAAAGAAAUGAGCUUAGAUAUAAGUAACAACGGAUUGGGAAGCCAUGGUGCGCACGUUUUAGAAUCCUGUGUCCAUGGCGUUCGCUGUAUCUCUAGUCUGGAUAUCUCGGAUAACAAUAUGGACGGUGAUCUGUGCAAUGUGGUUUUGGCGAUAAGCAAGAACAAGUCGUUGAAGCAUUUGAACAUGGGGCGCAGCAUGAAGAAGCAUAUGGCUUUGAUAAUGGAUUCAGUAGUGCAGAUUAUCCAAGACGAUGAGUGCAUUUUACAGAGUCUAGUAAUGCCCGAUUGCCGACUAAGGGGCGACUUGUUCAAUCUCCUAAACGCUCUAGGGGAUAAUAAAUCUCUAGAGCUGCUAGACAUAAGUGGCAAUCUGAUAGGAGACUCCGGCGCCAGGCUUCUGGCGAAAGCCUUGCAAAUCAACAGCAAGUUGAAAACCAUCAUUCUAGAUAGAAACAAUAUUACUCUGCAAGGCUACCACGACUUGGCUUAUGCUCUGGAGAGCAACAGGAACUUGCAAUAUAUUCCCUUUCCAAUAUUCGACGUUACGCCCUGUAUGAAAGCUUCUGCCGAAAGGACCGACGUUUUAAUGCGGAAAAUUCAGGAUUUACUCAACCGGAACGUCUCGUUCAAGCGGCAGGCCACAAAGCACAUCUCGCUUCAGGCUGGAUUUUUGCUAACGUCGAAGCAGCAGGCUUUGGAGAGGCUGGUGACGCAAACGCAGGAUGCAAUUAAAUCGUUGGGCAGCGAUUCGAUAGCGCCUCAUAACGACAUCAAUCACGCAAACGAUGUGAUUCGGGACGCGGAAGACUGCAAACAGCUGUUGAUUCGGCUGCAAGAAGUCGCUCAGCAUAGGAACGACAAGCAUCCGGUUGAGGAAAAGUUGCAACAAGUCUCUAGUGAUAUUUAUAAUAGUGUUUGUGAUAGUAUACAGGUAAUGAUAGAGAAAAUGUUGAAGACUUGUAAAGAGCAAUGCCCGUAUGUGUUGAGGGACGAGCACACAGUGCAGGAUAUCAAAAGGGACUGCAAACAGAAAAAGCAGAUUCCUUUGGAUUAUGUGACCAGUUGCGUUCGGCACCAGGCGGGAGUUGACAUUAUGAAUAGGCUAAGGGAAGUAAAUUUGAUGGUUGCGUCGCAAUUAAGUGAACAAGUAACUGACGAAGUCUACGAGUCUCUAAUGCAAAGCUACAAGAUCUUGGUGGGCGAUGAGAGUGCAAUAAGAAUCGACUCGCCCCCCAGACGAUCGCGAUUGAGCAGCUCGGACAGUUCGCGCCAUGGAGCUAGCGAUAUGUCCAUUACGGACAGUACUAGUCAUAUUAGUGACCAUUCGCCGUUGGCCACUCCACAUCUUUCAAUAAAACGCCGCAGCGUCCACAAUCGGAAGCUGCGCCCCAAAUCAGUAGUGGAUAGUGUCGAAGGGUUGUCGGCUGAUGAUAUCCCCAGCUUGCUGCCUUCAUUGCCUCGAAACGGUGAAGAGGAAGAUUCAGUAACCGAGCUGCCCAACACCACACAACAUCUUCAGCAUUUAGUCAAAGGAAUUUUCCUGAAUAAAGGCCGACCUCGAAGGGCCAAAACCCGGGCGCCUACUCGACCGGUGGUAAAACCUCCUGAUGCCACCACCGACACUAUUUCCCAAGAUCUAGUGGAGGGUUUGGAUACGUUCUUCCGUCCAGGGUCAGUGACUCCCACCUCUGAUGACUGCCACUCGUUCCAGCUCGAUGGGAGCCCCAAUCACGAGUUUGCUUCGCCCGUUUUAAGUGACGGCCGCAAAACUCCAAAACUAAGCAGAAACUCGCCCUUGUUAAGAGGGGUGUGUUUAGGUUUAAUGACGCCCACGCCCCGAUCGAGGUCCACCGACAAUCUGGAAAAGUUCUCGCCCAAUGCCUUGCGCAAAAACACCGGGGAAUCACCGCUGAGCAGAAGAAUGACUGGUGAUAGUCUAAUGAGCCAACAGAGCAGUGAGGGUAGUUUGGCAACAGAAUCCACUUUCGAUCACUCCCCUGGUAGUACAUUGUCAAAGGGUUUAUCUCCGGACAGUUUUAGAGAAGAUUCUCUAGAUACAGGCAAGCAUUUGAAGUUGAAGCCUCUGCCGGCAGUGGCUCAGAAGCCGCGCCCUUGGUCGAUGGUUACCAAUAGCGAAGCGAAAACCACUGAGUUGAGUCUUCUGAGCGACGGCUCGUCGCCAAAUAACUCCACAGGUAAUACGCCCGACUCAGCUGAGGCUUUGGAUAGUUCUGAAUCCAGUUCUAUUGACCGACGGUUGGCCAAGGAAAUCAAGCUGAAACGCACGGGUUUAUUGCACAGUUAUUUCCCAGACCGAGGUGAUUUCAAGUUUCUGUCUCGUUAUAAGGCGAUAACCAGCAACAGUAAUCCGGCAGAAGAUCAACGGUCGAGCGCCAUUCGGGAAAGAAGAGACAGCAAUUUUAAUUGUAGGACUGCUGAAGAUGCGCAUGUUAUUAGAUAGAGCCCGAAUCAGGCCAUAUGAGUCUCGUCUAUUUCAGCUGGGAUUGAAAAUCAGGCCUAGCAAAGUAUUUGUUCUUGUAGAUAUUAAUGUCAACUCGCCCCCCUUUUUCGACAUUCGCGAGUUUUCAGAAUGAAGAUAGACUUAAGAGGAAAAUACGAAUUUUCUUGUAUGUAUUUUAUUACCUUGGCUUUAUAUUAAGUGGAAUAUUUUCUGAUACUUAUAAUGUGUUGAAUGUAUUUACUACAUCAGUGCGGACACCCGAAAUGUGGCUACUAAAGUAGGCAAACAUUUACAGGGUGUUCUCUGUUAAUUUAAUCUUGGUUUAACGUAAAAUGCCCUGUACAAGUUAUUGUUGUCGUCUGAUGUAUUGACUGCCAGUAUUUUCUAAAUAUUGAAUGACAACUUUGAACUGUUUAAUGUGCAAUAUGUUUUAAAGAGCACCCAUAGCUUUAGAUUGGUAUUUAGUAGGUUUUUUCAACCUACACGCAACAAAUGUAAACAUUGCAUUUCGCCUCUACGAAGGUUCUCACGCACUGUCUGGACUCAUUGGAAUGGAUUGUUCAAUUCGCAACUAUUCAGGAAUUUAUGUAAUGGGUAAUGAUUGAUAGAAUAUGUAUAUACCCUUGUGGUGCACUUUGCAGUAUUAGCAAAAAUCUACUUCGCUCCAUAGAUUGUAUUAUGUAGACUGCAAGGUUUAACUUCUAAAAAAUUUAUACGAUUCAUCCCAGGGCCUUUAAUUAGUUUUACUAUAUGGCCAGUAUGUAUAGGUAGUUGGUAUUUUGUUUAACUGAAUUAGCAACUGUUCUCCUGUGUAUAAAACAAGAGUUUUUCAAGUAUCUUGGAGGCUGAUUUGGACAUCAGGUUCUGUGAAACUUGAAUACUAUUAAGCAUAUUAAAGGGAGGUUUUCAUCUGUGUAAGUAAAGCAUUUGUUCCGGGGCAUUUCCAAAAAAAACAACCCUAUAUUUUGUAGUUCUUGACUAAAGUAAGUCCAAACUUCCACUUGUCUUCUACCCCUGUAUAGACAAUUUUCGUUGUGGUCUUGUGCUGAUUUCAACUUUAGAUUAACUGUACUUUUGGUAAGGUUUUUAGUCCCCAGUUAUGUGAUGUUAUACAAUAUUAUUUUUAGAUUAUAAAUUUUUAUUUUAUGAUUAUUAGCCAGGGUGUUUCUUGGUGAUAUACUGAUGUUUCCGGAGUUAUUCCGUAAAUAUCAGCAUAUAAUUAAAUAUCCCCCCCGUGCACCAGCCUUUUUUUAACUCUUUAAUCGAUGCUUCCAUUAAUAGUUAGUUCGACUGAGCUGUAUUCCUUUAUAUAAAUAUUUUAAAAAGUGCAAAGUA